AUGUACAAUCUGGUUCCUGCUCGUCUGGUGCUGUUACUUGCUGGUGGCAGCCUAGGCCUCAGCAGCAGCCGGCUCACAGCGGCAUCUUCCGCUCCAUUGCUGUGCGGUCUCCAGUGUUGGCAACGGACGCCUCCCGCUCUCGGUCGCCCUCCUGUUCUCGCGCUGGAGGCCACCGCUCGUGCUGGAGGCGGCUGCUGCGCCUUCCGUCGCUGGCAAGGGCCGCCUCCCGAGCGGCCACCGAGAGCGGGGGGCGUCCGUUGCUGCGCCACUGCGCCCAGCCUGACGGAAGAAGCUCCGGAGGAGGCUUCCCUCGCGGCGAGAGCCGCCGCGCGGGCGGCCGAGAACGCGGAGAUCCUCGCCAUCGCCGUGCCUGCGCUGCUAAAUACGCUCAUGGACCCAUUCCUUGGCGUCGUUGACACGCUCUUCGUCGGCCGAACGUGCUCCUCGGUAGCGCUGGGCGCGGUGGCGGCGAGCAGCGAGAUUUUCACGCUCUGCAUCGCCGCCUCGCUCGCGCUGCGGGAGAGCGCCUCGUCCACUCUCGUCAGGCUCUUCGCGCAGGGGCGUCGGCCGGCGGCCGUGGCGUUCGCGCGGCGGACGCUGCAGCUCGCAGUUCUCGUCGGCGCCUUCCUCACUCUGCUACUGGCGGGGCCUGCGGCGCCGUGGUGCGUCGGGCUGAUGGGCGCUCCGGUGGGCUCGCCGCUGCACCCGGAUGCCCUCGCGUACGCUCGCAUGCGCGCGCUCGCCCUCCCGGCGGCGCUCGCCCUGUCUGCGAGCGAGGGCAUCUUCCGGGGAAUGGGCGACACGAGCGCGCCUCUGCGGGCGGGGCUGGUCGCCUCGCUCGCAAACCUGCUGCUCGACCCAGGACUGAUGAUUUGGCCGGCGCGACUCGGCGUCACCGGCGCCGCCACCGCCACGGGCGCAUCCCAGGCGUGGCUCCUCCUCGUCCUCGCGGCUGAGGCGCCCGCCGUCGCCGGGCAGGUCCUCUGCUCGCGCCGCAUCUCGCGCGGCGACUUGCACGGCGCACGCGCGCUGCUGCUGCGGCUGCUGCGCCGUGCCGGCGUACUCGGCGGCGCGACCGCGCUCCUGCUGCUCUCGCUGGCCGGCCCUGCGUCCUCUUUCCUCAUCCCGUCCGACCCGGCCACGCGAGAGAGCGCGCGCCGCCUCUUCGGCUGGGCCGCGCUCUGCACGCCGCUCGUCGCACCGAACGCGCUCUGCGAGGCCGUCCUGCUCGGGGCCGGGCUGUCGUACAAGUACCUCGCGCUCGCGACGCUCUCCACCGCGAUCGCCAUCGGCUGGCUGACCGGGAUCGCCCUCUCGCUCCGCCCGGACGUGUCCUCCGUCUGGAUCUGCAUCCUCCUUUUCUUCCUGGUCCGCCUGGCGACGUCCGCCGGCCGCAUCUUCAGCGGGCGAGGGGGCUUCGGGGAGUGGGAGUGGCGUGCUCACGGUGACGUGAGGGCGUGA